UGGGGGAAUGUGCUUUGCGGUAACGUUACGUGCUCUGGCCCGUGGUCGGGGGCGCGUCGGCGUUGCCGCGCAGGUCGCUCGCUCCCUUGCUCACUGAGUGUUGGGCUCGCGGGCGAUGGCAGCCGGAUACAUUGUUACUCUGGAGUUGUAAUGAAGUUCUACUGGAAGUUUUUAUCCUGGACAGCCCUGGUGAAUAAGAGCCUGCAACCGAAGCUCGAAAAUGGCUGCAAAUAAGGGGAAGAAAGUUACGAAAAUGGCAACGAAAGCAUGUCCGGAAUGUGACCAACAGAUUCCUGUUGCCUGUAAGUCAUGCCCGUGUGGAUUCAUUUUUAUUAGUAGAAGACUACUGAAUGCUAAACUGUCUGAGAAAUCACCACCACCUAAUUUAGACAGCAAAUCAGCAGCUAAAAGAAGGAGAACAGAGAGGGCUCGGCGAGAGAAGGCAAAUUCUCCUCUAACUAAAGACCUGGAAAACAGGAAACGUUCCAGAUCAGACAGCCAAUCUGAGCAAAUUCGGCGGCGACGAGGACGACCCAAGACCACCCCUAGCAAGAAACAUGAUGAUGAGAAAGAAAGGCAAGAAAAGGAAGUUGAUGUAUAUGCCAGUCUUUCAGAUGAAAGAGCCUUUGUAUUUUCAGUGGCAUUGGCAGAAAUAAACAGAAAAAUAAUCAAUCAAAAAUUAAUUCUUUGACAAAGUGUGCUAAAGUGAAAUACAACCACAACUCAGGACUCAACUUUUGCACGGUUGUUUCACCAAUUCGAAUCUUGUAUUGUGACAUUUCCCAGCAUUAUUGUGGAUGCCUGAAUCAUGUAGUCAGAUUCUGCUGAAUUGAUAGAUGAUCAUUUCUUAAACAAAACUUCUUGAUGUCUUGGAUAUGGACAGAUGGUGACUUGAAUUCCACAAAAGUGGAAGAAAACAAUUCCUUUCCUAAAUCUCAAGAUACUUUGUAAAGAAAUAAUAAUGCUGCAUUGAACGGAGGUGUAGAUCGUUGCAUCAAUCAAGAAAGAGGUGAAAGCCUUGCUUCCCCAAUCAAUUUCAUCAACUGAACAAGUUAAGCCGGAAAAAGGAACCAAAGCUGUUCCCCUGGUGUAUUUACAAGAGUGUAGAAAUGGUUUAUUCCUGAUCCAAAUGCAGAUUUCUUUCUGUAUUUUACUUUAUUUAUGACAUUGAUUUCUUACAGGUAUUCUCUAUUCUGGUCUGUGUAAUUAGUCUAAACACUGCAAAAAUGAUCAUAAAAUACUACAAUAAAAAAGCGUUAAGUUUCA